GCGUUGCUCGUGCUAAAUGGCACACAUUCGUCUUACUCGUAAACCACAAUCUCAAAUUGCGACCGCCAACCUGCUAAAGAUAUCCAGUCCAAUCUAGUAUUCUACGCGAUAUACCUAGUAUGUCCGGAACAACUGCACAGGAUGGGGCAUGGAAGUCGAGGGAAUCAAGUGCCGAAAAUCAAUACGCCCGACAGAAGGAGGCCGAACAACUAGCUGCUCUGCGAGAGCAGAUGAAGAUCAAAGAAACUGCCAAGAAGGCGGAGGAAGGAAAAGAAGCUGACAAGGACUUCGAGGGUGGCUUUGGAGGACAAGAAGACCUUGAAGAUCGAUAUGCAACGACCAGUGGUGAACACUAAACAUAAUUCGGACACCGAUACCCAUUACGUCCCUAUACAAUGUGCAUGACAGAGGAAAAUCCAACUGAAUCCUCCGAGGUAAGCUACUACGUAGUCCAUGAAAAGUGC